AUUCUAGUAAACAUUACAAAAGUGUCUCCCACAAUUUAAAAACAAAAAUAAAUGUCAAAAUCGUGUAAAUCAGAAAAAUCCUCCUCUCUCAUACCUUUACUUAAUGAUCUUAGUGAUCAAAGUUUUUCCAGUAUUCCUUAUGCCGAUGAGGAUAAUGAUGAUGUCGAUAGUGCUUCUGAUAAUGAAACGGCAAGAUCAUUUAGUGGUCGCAUAAGUUUAGAUCGUAAUGUGGAUCUUUCGAUAUUGGUGCAUUUAAGUGAUAGCGAUCGUGAGCAAAGUGAUUCGAAAUUGGAGAGAAGGGAUUCUACUUAUCCUUUAUAUUUACCGGGGUUUGUUAUAAAGGUUCAUAAUAUUGCUGGAUCAUUGAAAAGAAACUCUAUAUCGUUGCCAACGGGUCUCUGUGAUCGUGAAUUGGAGUCGUUGAGAUUUCAUUCACAGGUACCACAUGGUGGUAAGGAAUUUGAGGAUAUUAAAAAAAGUUGUGAUAAAGAAAAGAUAUUUGACAAGAAAUCGAGGCGUAGACAAGUAUAAUAAUUUUAUUUUAAUUUUAUGCUAGUACUAACUAAAUAAUAAAUAAUAAAAAUCAAAUACAAAUAAAUAAUACAUUUCAAUAAAUAAAUAAAGUGUGAGAAACACUGUGGGUUUUAUAAUCCGAGAAUGUGAAUAAACAAAAUUGACAACGAUAAUGAUUAAAAUAAAUACUCAAAACAAAUCAAAUCGUAUGUACUUCUGAACACUACCCUACCAACACCCCCUUCAAUAAUGUUUGAAAAAAAAAAAACAAAAACAAUACAA